AUGUUCAAGUUCUACUUGAUCGAUUCCCUGUUCAAUUUCUACUUCAUCGGUUCCAUGUUCAAGUUCUACUUGAUCGAUUCCCUGUUCAAUUUCUACUUGAUCGGUCCCCUGUUCAAGUUCUACUUCAUCGGUUCCCUGUUCAAUUUCUACUUCAUCGGUCCCCUGUUCAAGUUCUACUUCAUCGGUUCCCUGUUCAAUUUCUACUUCAUCGGUUCCAUGUUCAAGUUCUACUUGAUCGAUUCCCUGUUCAAUUUCUACUUGAUCGGUCCCCUGUUCAAGUUCUACUUCAUCGGUUCCCUGUUCAAUUUCUACUUGAUCGGUUCCAUGUUCAAGUUCUACUUGAUCGAUUCCCUGUUCAAUUUCUACUUGAUCGGUCCCCUGUUCAAGUUCUACUUCAUCGGUUCCCUGUUCAAUUUCUACUUCAUCGGUUCCAUGUUCAAGUUCUACUUGAUCGAUUCCCUGUUCAAUUUCUACUUGAUCGGUUCCAUGUUCAAGUUCUACUUGAUCGAUUCCCUGUUCAAUUUCUACUUGAUCGGUCCCCUGUUCAAGUUCUACUUCAUCGGUUCCCUGUUCAAUUUCUACUUCAUCGCUUCCCUGUUCAAUUUCUACUUGAUCGAUUCCCUGUUCAAUUUCUACUUGAUCGGUUCCCUGUUCAACUUCUACUUCAUCGGUUCCAUUUUCAGUUUAUAUUUCAUCGGUUACAACGAUGAGUAA